AUGUCAUUAAUGGAGGUAUCUCCCGAAAGAGGUGAAAAGGGUAUACAGAACGGUAUGGAUAAUGCUCUAUUUUCUCAACCUCAGGCGGAAGGGUCUAAAGAGGUGCAACAGAUGGCAGGUACAGUAAUGUGCUCGUUAAAUAAACAAUCUCAUUCACCUACCUCAUCUUCUUUCUUUGUGGAUCAUCUGUAUGAGCUAAGAGUCAGACAAAAUUACACCGUGGAUGACGAAAGUGGACUCAGGAGGGAUAAAGAACCACCAGACAGGGGCUUUUACUCUGAUCAAGAAAGCUCAAAAAAUUGGGCUGAUUCAAGUGAAGAUGCCACUGUAAAUGAAGAUCAAGGAAUUAUCUUGCUAAACCAAACAACAGUGAACUACUCCGACUGCAGUACUGGGCAUAGUCCCAGAGGUGAUGUAAGGGGUGCUGGAAAAGAGAGCCUAAGAAGCAAAUUAAAGAAAUUAAUUGUAAUGAAUAAGGUGAGUCUUCUCGCUGUUAUUGAACCAAAAAUGUCCCAUACCAAACUAAGGAAUUUUGGUCUUGCUGUUGGGUUAAAUUCUUUUAUGGCAAACACAAAGGCAGAGAAAAAUAUGUGGCUUUUAUGGAAUGAUAACUUGGAAGUUAAGAGCAUGCUGCACUUUGAACAAGCUAUGACCGUGUCAGUCUCCUACCAGGGAGCUGAUCCAGUGUUAGUUACGGUGGUCUAUGGUUGUUGUGACUUACUUGUUAAGGAGGCCCUUUGUGGGGACACUUACAGGUUAUUUCUACAUCCUUUGCUAUGCCCUGGUUGGUGA